GAAAAAGAAAAACUGGGAUAAAAACAAUGGCUUAGCCAGAACCAUUCCCGACUUCCGUUCCCGUCAGUGGAUGAAAGAAGAAGAAAAAUACUACAUAUGGGGAUCAAUGAACAGACAUCAAAAAGAAAAACCAACAGCAAAGAAGGAAAGAGAAAAAAGCUCCAGAUGGAGUCGAAGAAAAGUCAAAAGUAUGACAGGAAUGUCCAAGGUUGGGAAGGAAAGGCUCCAAAACGAAAUAAAACCACGCAAGCAAGAACAAAGGAAAAGGUGCAAAUAGGCAAGGAAUACACACCAGGGUGGACAGUCAGACAUGCAGGUGUAUCACUGCCUGCAGCCUCACAACGUAAGACACCACGCGGUGAUCCCUUGCAAGGCAGAAAAUUGGCAACAUCGAUAUCAAAACCACCGUCAGUCAUCCAGCAUUGUCACUUCUUUGUGGUUCUUUUAUUUUUUUGGUCUUUUCGUGUGGUUAUUUUGGGCUUUCCAGGCUUUGCACUUGGUAGGAGGAUAUGACGACAGUGUUCGACCCAAAUGUCUGAAUCACCCUCUGUCAGCCCCUUGUCACUGGUCAUUCGAUUUUUUUUGCGUUUCGCGUUUUCUU